AUGAGUGUUGAGCAAAGACAACAAGAAUUAGCUAGAAGGCGUUCGAAUUACAGACAAAAUAAAGACAAAGAAAAACAAUUUCAAACAUUUAAUACUUCUAAUAUGAGAACCAUAAUGCCAUUUCAAGACUUGACGAAUGUCAAUCUUGCUUCUCGAUUGUUUCCGAUGGCACAUGACAGUGAAGCUGGACCGAGUAAUGCACAUGUCAGUCGCAUUUCAUUCCUGGGUUAG